UGUGUGUGCUUCUUCUUCUAACUCAGUGCAGUGUUUAUCUCACGUUUUUGUUUUUGCUAACUGAUAACGCGACGCAAUUUGGUCUAUAGUGAAAAUCAGCUUUUCAUAUCGAUGGAAAAUCGUACACGAUGAGCGGCAAUACACACGGACUCAGCUGGUUUCCGCACUUCCCAGACAAAUUCGUGUCUUGGGGCCAGGAAAUCCAUUUGUACGAGGUGCGCCGCAAAGAUGAUCACAGCCAGAAAAGUCGCCUGCCUUAUAUAUCCGUGAACUACCUCGCCAACGAAUCGCACUAUCAAUAUGCUCGGUGCGUGGCCGCCUCCUAUCACAGUGACCAACCCAUUAUUGCAGUGGGUUUGGCGGAUGGCAAGAUUGGGAUAUGCAAUUUUCGGGACACAUAUGACAGCAGCUGGGAGUACACUCCUCGGCAACAGCGCAUGUGCACCUGCCUCGCGUGGAACGAGCUGGAUGCCAAUAUACUAGCCAUUGGACACGAUCGCCAUCGAAACGACACCUGCAUCACCAUCUGGGAUAUAGAACGCGGUGUUCCCAAGGAGACGGCCAACUUCUUUGGAGUCGGCGAGUCCGCAAACUCAAUUUGCUGGGAUCGAAACCAUCGUACGGUCAUUGCCGGCAUGAGCCAGAAGAUGAUCAAGCUCUUUGAUCUGAGACAAAGCAACGCCACCUGUCAAAGCAUUCAAACAAAGACAGUACAGGGUCUUUCGGUGUCCCCUAAUGGCAACUAUCUCUGCAGCUAUGUGGAUUCAGUGAUCACGCUGUGGGACCCGCGAAAUAUUAAGAGUCCUCUUAGACAGAUUCAAUCAUCAAAGAAUCAUCUACAGAUAGCCUGGUGUCCCACUAGGACGAGCUUGCUCUCCUCCCUGCAAAGGGAUUCCUCCUACAUUACCCUCUACGACAUCCGAAGUGUAGAUAGCGAGAACUCCGGAGAGAUUUAUCACGUUAAACGGCAGAUAAGCCCUUUUCCGGCUAGAUAUCAGCACAGUGGAAAGUUUUCCUUUGUCAAUUGCUUGUCGUGGCAUUCAAGAGAUUUUGAGAGGGCUCUCCUUUUGGCGGAUGCGUUAAAUAUUCUUGAUUUCCGCCUGCCAGCCACUUUGCACACAGCGCACAGCAAUCGCCGAAAGUUGCCGCUGCUUAUGCAGCGACCUCUUUGCACACCCUCUUCACCGACUUCCACAACAGCGGUCACGCCGACUAAGCAACAGCCCACGAGCAGUUGCAGCACAAAUAGUGGAAGCUCUCUAGACUUUACCAGUCCCGGUGGUUCCCCCUUAAAUGUGGAUUUGUUGGAACCGGAACUUUUUGAACUAGAUCUCGUGGAUGAGAUGCGUCAACGUGCACUGGAGGAUUAUGGUAUUAAGCCCGAUAAUAAGCGAUUCGCAGAACUCCAUUUGACACCUUACCUCCGGAAUGUGUGGUCUACCCUUAACAAUGUCUACUGCGAUGAUCGGUUGACGGGCUUGAAGGCAACUUUGGGCAUCAAUUUGGGACACACCUCAGAAGCCUUGAUGGCCAGCUCUCGGAUCGAAUCUCAAGUGCUCCAAUGGCCAGAGGGGAUUAAUAACUCAAAUAAGCUGAUUUGCUACAGGAGUGAGCAACGUGACCUUGCCCUCCAGCUUUGCGGCUGGGCCUUUGAGCAUGAGCUGGAACGCUUUAUUGACCAGUUGUAUGCCAACAAGGAGUACAGCCGUGCUGCCAUGAUUUGCGUGUUUCAUCUAAAGAUCUUUCACGCCUGCAACAUCCUUUCCUCGGCAGCGGACAAUAUGAGAGAUCCCAGCAUGUACAGGAUCACUGUAAUAGCCUUGUCCAGCUUCAAUGCAGAUCGUUGUAGUUCUACUUGGCGGAAUCAGCGCUCUAGCGCCAAUAUGCAAAUACACGAUCCACAUUUGAGAGCAGUUUUUUCCUUCCUAACUAUGGAGAAAGACAAUUUUGAUGCGGUUCUAAAAGAGGACGGCGUGUCAUUGUCAGAUCGCAUGGCCUUCGCCUGCAAAUAUCUGUCGGAAACCAAGUUAGCUGACUAUGUGACGCAGCAAAUCCAGACGGCCAUAGAUGGCGGUGAUCUCAAUGGUUUGAUGCUCACAGGAGAGUCGCUGGAUGGAAUUAACAUAUUGCAGUCCUAUAUGGACACAAGCUUUGAUGUGCAGACAGUAGCCCUAGUGGCCAUCAAUUACUUCCGGCAAGAGCACUUUGCGGACAAGCGCAUUCAGUACUGGAUUGCUAGUUACCUUGACCAUCUAAAUAGCUGGGGCUUGUGGGAGAAGCGAGCCGAGUUGGACAUCAAGAUUGAGGGUAUUCGAACGUCUUCACGCAGUUCCCGCACUGUAUUCCUGUCCUGCAACUUCUGCGGCAAGUCCGUGUCCAAUGCAUUGUUGGAUGAGCCACGUCCACGCAGCACCACCACCAGCACCAAUCGAUUAUCCUCGUGCCCCAGUUGCCGGAAACCACUGCCUCGCUGCUCACUCUGCCUGAUGCAUAUGGGUACAAUGGUGAAUAUGAGCAACGGAGAGACACCAAACUCCGCAUCCGAGGUUUCUGGAUGGCAGACCAAACCCUUCUCAAAGUGGUUCUCAUGGUGUCAGACCUGUCGACACGGUGGACAUACCGAGCACAUAAUGCAGUGGUUCAAACAAAAUUCAGAGUGCCCCGUGUCGUCUUGUAACUGUCGCUGCUUCGACAUGGACGGCACCAAGCCCAAUACAUUAAGAGACAUUUCCUAGCUGUCCUCCGGAGCACUUAUCUACAGCCCUUACUCGCCCAUGCCAUAUGCAUUAAGUUGUUGAUUUGUUCCAAACGCGCGCGCCUUAAACAAACAUAGAAGUGUUCAUUGUACUUAGACAAGGGUAUGCCCGUAGAAUUAGUGUUUAUGACCUACCAGCUUUUAGCUGCUCAAUUGCAUUUUAUACUUACAUUCAAAUAAAGAACUAUAAUUAUAUAUUACAAAAGGAAA